GCGGCUGUCAGUCUCAGCUGUCACUCCCUUUAAUUCGUACGCACGUUUUAGCAUCGCGGUGUGCAAACUCAACGUGCCGAUUCUACACAGAUAACCGGCUUCCGAUUUGAACCUCCGCCUUAACGCUCUUAAGCUGGGAUCAUCCGUAAUCAAUCAGUUCUUGCCCAGCAUCCGAAGCGUUUUAGUCUAUUCCGGCUCGUCUCUCGUGUGAUCAGAAACCAGCAAAAAUGUCGAAGCUUCCGUAUAAAAUUGCCGACAUUAGCCUGGCCGAGUUUGGCCGUAAGGAAAUCAUGCUGGCGGAAAAUGAAAUGCCGGGCCUGAUGGCGUGCCGACAGAAGUACGGUCCGCAGAAAGUGCUGAAGGGGGCCCGAAUUGCCGGAUGUCUGCAUAUGACCAUCCAGACGGCAGUUCUGAUCGAAACGCUGGUCGAGCUGGGAGCGGAGGUUCAAUGGAGUAGUUGUAACAUCUUUAGUACCCAGGACCACGCGGCGGCAGCCAUCGCCAAGACCGGAGUUCCGGUGUACGCGUGGAAGGGUGAAACUGAUGAGGAGUAUCUGUGGUGUAUUCGGCAAACGUUGGUGUUUGCGGACGGGCAACCGCUAAACAUGAUUCUGGAUGAUGGGGGUGAUUUGACCAAUCUGGUGCAUAGCGAAUAUCCGCAGUAUUUGGCGGGAAUUCGGGGUGUCAGCGAGGAGACCACCACGGGGGUGCACAAUCUGUACAAGAUGCUGAAGGACGGAAAGCUGGGCAUGCCGGCAAUCAAUGUUAAUGAUUCUGUCACCAAGAGCAAGUUUGAUAAUUUGUACGGCUGCCGGGAGUCGCUGUUAGACGGAAUCAAGCGCGCUACGGAUGUGAUGAUAGCCGGAAAGGUGUGCGUCGUUGCUGGAUACGGUGAUGUCGGUAAGGGAUGCGCACAAGCCUUGAGAGGAUCCGGUGGACGGGUGUUGGUUACGGAAAUUGAUCCCAUUAAUGCGCUGCAGGCAGCGAUGGAAGGUUUCGAGGUGACCACAAUGGAGGAGGCCAGUAAGGAGGCUCAAAUUUUUGUGACCACCACCGGCUGCACUGAUAUCAUUAUGGGAGAGCAUUUCCUGAACAUGAAGGAUGAUUCGAUUGUGUGUAAUAUCGGACAUUUCGACUGCGAGGUCAAUGUGCCUUGGCUGGAGAAGAACGCCAAAGAGAAGGUCAACAUUAAGCCUCAGGUUGAUCGUUUUCUGCUGCCUACGGGAAAUCAUGUAAUUUUGCUCGCUGAGGGACGGCUUGUCAAUCUGGGUUGUGCCACUGGUCAUUCCAGCUUCGUGAUGUCCAAUUCUUUCACCAAUCAAACGCUGGCUCAGAUCGAACUGUGGACCAAACCGGAACAGUACAAAAUUGGAGUUUACGUGCUGCCGAAAAAGCUGGACGAAGAGGUCGCCGCGUUGCAUUUGGAUAAACUGGGAGUGAAGCUGACCAAGCUGACUGCGAGGCAGUCGGAGUAUCUUAAUAUACCGGUCGAGGGACCGUACAAGCCAGAUCAUUAUCGUUAUUAGCAUUUUGCUGCGAGGAUUCCUUUUCGGAAGUGAUUGAUCAAUAAAGUUUGACAUUUUAUUACUGCAAAA